AUGUAUAGUGAACCAGAAAAUGAAGAAGACUGUCAUUUAAAUGUUUCAUUAAGUCAUACAUCUCUCCGAACAAUAAGCCCAUUACAACAUCAUGGUUAUGAUGGUAAUUUAACAGAUAAUCAUUAUAAAUUACGAAAAAGUAGUAAAUCACCACGAUCAAAUAAAACAGCAAUUGUUGAUCCAUCACCAAUACUUCCGCGUUUAGAUUCACGACCUGAAAUUACUGCUUGGCCUGCACCACCUCAAAAUAAUAAUUUAAAUUUAUCAUUUAUACAAAAAGGAUCAGUCAUAAAAACACAAUCAUCAUCAACACAAAAACCUCAAAUAUUAAGUAAGAAAAUACCACAACCGGUUUCACCACAUUCUGCGAUAUCACCAUUAUCUAAUACUACAGCAAUCUCAUCUCCAGGAAGUAUUGAUAAAACACCAAUGCUUAAUACAUCUUAUUCUGUUAAAACGGAGGCAAACAAUUUAUGCAAUGAGAGUUCGCAAUUGUAUUCUAUACUAAAAGUUGCUGCUUGUACUGGUGGCAAUGAAAAAAGCUUUGAUAGUAGGCUUGUUAAAGGUAGAGAGUCGGAAUUACAACGAAAGAUAGAUAGUUUAGAAGAGACAUUAGUUGAAUAUGAACGACAAAAAUUUAGUGUUAUUGGUAGUUUUAGUGAAUACCAAGAAAGGGUAGCUGAAAGAGAAAGAAAACUUGAUGCAGAAUAUUCUAGAAAAAUUAUAGCACUUAGUGAAGAGGUUCUAUCUGCAAAAAAAGAUUUUGAAACAAGAAUGAAAAAUUUUCAAGCAUUGCAAGAAAAAUUUGAAAGAGAAAAAGAAUGUGCAUUAGAAAAAUUAAGAAAAGAACAUCAAAAAGAGAUUCAAUUAUUAGAGCAACGUUUUUCAAAUUCACAAUUAAUAAAUUUAGAACAAAAAUAUAUAAUUGAAAUUCAAAGACUUGAAGAAGAAAGAAAAUGUCUUAAAAGAGAAAAAGAAUGUCUUGGUAAUACCUUUGAAAUAAAAUUAAGAAGAGCACAAACAUUGUAUGAAACAGAAUUAACAGCUGCAAAAAUGUUAUAUAAAAGAGAGCUUGAAGCUUUAAGAGAUCAUGAAGAAGCAUUAAAAGAAGAAUUAUUGGCUAGACAAGAAGAAUAUCAAGAUAGAAUAAAAGAAGGUGAAAUAAAAUCAAAAGAAAUUAAAGAAAAACUUAAUAUAUCAAUAAAAAAAAUUGAUGAAUUAAUUAGUAGCAUUAAAAAAAAAGAUGAAUUAAUAGAGGAAUUAAAAUUUAAAGUUGAACAAGCUAAACAAAUGGAAUUAUCAUUUAUAAAUAAUUGUAAAGAGAGAGAUCAAUUAGGAACAUUAACAAAAAAUCAUUUACAAAAGUUAGAAAAUGAAAUAAAUGAAAAUCAAAAAAUUUGUAACUUUUUAAAAAAUGAAAAAUAUGAACUUGAAUCUAAAAUAAAAGUUCAAGAUGAAGAAAUAAAAAAUUUGAAAGAUAAAAAUAAUUUUCUUGAAAUUGAAAGAAACAAUCUUUUAAGUCAAAGUGAAAGUCAAGCUGAAAUGCAAAAAUCUCAAUUACAAGCAAUGGAAGCUGUUUUAGAAUCUGUAACAAAAGAAAAAGAAGCAUGUAAAGAAAAUUAUGAAAAAGAAUUAAUAAAAGAAAAAGAGGCAUCACAAGAACGUGAAUUUUUGAUGAAAAAAGAAUUUUCAAUGAAAUUAAAUAAGUUGGAGGAACAAUAUAGUAAUUUACGUGACAAGAUGGAUGAUUGUGAUGAUGAAUGCCUUGAGAAGGAACAAAAAAUGGUUGCUGAGUUAGAAACAAUGAUGUUAGAAAAUAGAAAAUUAAGAGAAAAAAUAAUGAAUUUGGAGGAUCAAAUUGAAGGAAAAGAAUGUAACAAUUGUGAUAAAUUUAUAAAAUAUGAAUGUGCUGUAGCAUCAAUGUUACGAUUAACAGAUGAUUUUAAUGUUGGUGAUGAUGAAGAACGUGAUAAUGACAAUUUUAAUAUUUUAUUUUUACGACUCGAAACGCUUGUAAAUAAAGUUGAAAAAUUAGAAAAAGAAAUUAUAAAACAACCAAAAAAAAUAAAUACAGAACAACAUGAUCAAGAAGUUCAGUAUGAUAUUUGUCAUAUAGAAAAUGAAGAAAAGAAUGACAAUGAAAAGGUUAAUGACGAAAAAGAUGAAAAAAUAAGUAAAUUGGAAGAAAAAUUAUUAAAAAAUGAAAACGAAAGAGAACAUUUAAAUGACGAUUUAACUUGUGCACUUAAUGAAAUAGAAAAUCUUAAAGAGCAGGUUAAAAAAAUAGAAAGUGCUCUUCAAUUUGAAAAAUCAAGAAGGAUACAAGUUUCAUCGUCAACAGGAAUAAAAAUUGACUCAAAACAAUUAAAUGAUAUUUUAGCUGGUAAUAUAGCUGAAUUAUCACAUGCUAAAAGUGAAAGUUCGAUUGUUAAAUUUGUUAAAGUAAAUAGUCCUGAAAUUGAUAACGAAAGUGAAACAAUUACUAUAAUGAAAACAACUAUUGAAGAGAAAGACAAAGAAAUUGAAAGGUUGUUAGAAUUAUUAAAAAAUAGUGCACAAAAAAGUUGUGUUAAAGAAGAAAGGAAAAGUAGUUCUUCAUCUGAUGGUUCUGAUACGUUAUCAACAUCGGAGAAAAAAAUUUCAAAAGAAAAGAAAGAAAAAAAAACUCUCCAACCAGGAAAUGAUAAAUCAACAGAUGUUAGAAGUAAAUCUCCAGCUAAUAUUAAAAAUCUUAAAUUGUCAACAAAUUCUGUUAAUAUAACAGAUACUCAAUCAUCUACCGAUGACAGAAAAAAGCUAUCCCCUAAUAAGACAAGCUCAUUUAGAGUUAAGAAAGAUACGAUACCUUUAAGUAAUCAAGAUAAUAAAAAUGAAAAGAGGCCCGCAUGGAAGUUUUAA